CGUGCCCCUGAGCCUGACAGUCUGGACAUGGGAGAUAUCAGCGAGAGGGAGAGGCAUGAAAACAGAGAGCCCGUCGGCGAGUGUGCAGCUGUGAAAGUGCGUUUGUAGGUGACAAAAUGGCGAUGUCAGAACAGCUACAAUCUGAAGGAGGCUGUUCCUCCAAGUCAUUCAAGCUGUACUCCCCUAAGGAGCCCCCCAACGGUAGCACUUUCCCCCCUUUCCACCCCGGCACCAUGCUGGACAGAGACGUGGGUCCCACUCCAAUGUACCCUCCCACAUACCUGGAGCCAGGAAUAGGGAGGCACACACCAUAUGGUAACCAGACAGACUACAGAAUAUUUGAGCUCAACAAAAGGCUACAGAACUGGACAGAGGAGUGUGACAACCUGUGGUGGGAUGCAUUUACUACAGAGUUCUUUGAGGACGACGCCAUGUUGACCAUUACUUUCUGUCUGGAGGAUGGACCCAAACGCUACACAAUUGGCCGGACGUUAAUCCCGAGGUACUUCCGGAGUAUAUUUGAAGGCGGCGCCACCGAGCUCUACUAUGUGCUGAAACAUCCCAAGGAGUCCUUUCACAAUAACUUUGUCUCCCUGGACUGUGAUCAGUGCACUAUGGUCACGCAGAACGGAAAGCCCAUGUUCACGCAGGUGUGUGUAGAAGGCCGCUUGUACCUGGAGUUUAUGUUUGACGAUAUGAUGAGGAUAAAGACGUGGCACUUCAGCAUCAGACAACACCGGGAACUCAUCCCUCGCAGUAUACUGGCCAUGCACGCCCAGGACCCACAGAUGCUGGACCAGCUGUCCAAAAACAUCACAAGAUGUGGCCUGUCGAACUCCACCCUCAACUACCUCCGACUGUGUGUGAUUCUGGAGCCCAUGCAAGAGCUGAUGUCCAGACACAAGACAUACAGCCUCAGCCCCAGAGACUGCCUCAAGACCUGCCUCUUCCAGAAAUGGCAGAGGAUGGUGGCACCACCCGCUGAGCCAUCGAGACAGGCGCCGAACAAACGGCGGAAGCGCAAGAUGUCAGGCGGCAGCACCAUCAGCGGAGGCGGAGGAACCAACAACAACAACAACAACAAAAAGAAGAGCCCUGGCAGUGGCUUCCCUCUGUCCAGCCAAGUUCCAGACGUGAUGGUGGUGGGCGAGCCCACGCUGAUGGGAGGGGAGUUCGGCGACGAGGACGAGCGCCUGAUCACGCGGCUGGAGAACACGCAGUUCGACGCGGCCAACGGCAUCGACGACGAGGACAGCUUCAACAACUCCCCGGCGCUGGGCUCCAACUCGCCCUGGAACAACAAGGCCCCCUCCAGCCAGGAGAGCAAGAGCGACAACCCCACCUCACAGGCGUCACAGUAGAGCCCAGAGCCCGCAAACCUCAACACAGAACCCACCCCUCCCCUCUCUGACACUCCUCGGCCCCCACCCCGCCCCGCUCCGCCCCCCCCCCAGCCACGACUGCAACAGCAACCGCCCCGUCCUCUGCUCUCCCAGUCCAACACUACUGUAGCGCUCAGAUCCCCCUACAGGCGGGCCGGGUCGCCGGGCCGGACCCCCGGGGGUCGCCUCACUGAGCUAGAGGAAGUUAGUCUUUACUGCUGAGACUCCCCAGUAUUUAGGCAUCGUGUCCCUUUCCCUCAUCACACACACCAAACCUCCCAUCCGCUUUGGCAAAUUUACAAUUUGGACGACGACUUGGGAAGACGUGACCGAGCGGGAGCGAGCGGCGUUCAACCCAGGGGAGAGCAGAGCGAACCAAACGAUCCAUUCUGAAGUCCAGGUGUAGGUCCGGGUGGGGCGGAGGGGCUGGCGGCGGCGGCUCCAAGAUGGCGGCCAGAUGUUUAGGGACGACUCGCGUACCCGUCCUCAAAGCACGACUCUCCAUUCUGGUCUGCUCUGCUGGUGUGCAGCAUGCGGUGUGUCUGUGUGUGUCUGUGUGUGUCUGUGUGUGUCUGUGUGUGUCUGUCUUGUCCUUGCGUAUGCGUGCGUGCGUGUGUCUGUGUGCGUGUGCGGGUGUGCAUUAGGUUUGAGAGGAGACGAGAGAACCGAUGUGAGCUUAGCCGUGGCUGUGCUGAGGCGGCGGACCAGAAUUCAGAGUACGACCAUAAAAACCAUUGAAAUGAAUGAACACACUCGGAGGAGAGCUGAAAUGCGGCACUAGGGAAACAACACACACACACACACACACACACACACACACACACACACACACACACACACACACACACAAACACGCACACACUGAAACACAAACGAUUGAAGGAUCCCCCCCUAGUGUCCGAGCCAUCUCUGAACAGACUGCAGCGAAUGCAGUCUUCAGAGAGCAUUUACAACACACACACACACACACACACACACACACAGUUACACAUUUUAAGAGUUUUUAUACAGUAUAUAUUUCCCUAGAAUGUUUUUUAAUUUGUAUUAAACGCCUUCAUUUCAAUUGUUACUUUUUUAUUUUCUACCAAUACUGAAAAGCUACAGACCAAGGAGCAACACAGGACUUUUAUCCUCCCUCCCCUCUAAAAUAUAUUGUUUUUAUCUUUUAUGUUUAUAAAAGAGAAAUAAUUUAGUGUGGAUGUUUUUAUUUUGUCUUUUUUUGGUUCUUCUUUUGGAGAUUUGAAUUUUGUGUAUUUGUGCUUGUAUAUUUAAGGUAGUAGCAAAGUUCUGUCUGACUGUAAUAAAAUGUAUUCUUACUUAGAUUUACCUAAAGCCAUCCCAAUCUAAUGUAAAGAAACAAAAAUAGGAAAAAGGAGAAAAACACUCAUGACCCCCGUCCCCUCGACCUCCCCCCACCUGCUCUCUUUCCUCCUUCCUCUUUUUUAAAACUUGUGUAAAUUAAAUUACAAAGCCCCCCCGCUGGGGUACAACGACACCAUGGAGAGAUGAUUUUCCUCUUUCAGUUUUUCUUUUUUUUUUAUUUAUUUUUGGAAGUUUCAUAAGCUCACUCAUGCAUUUCAUCUGUCAGGAAAGUCUUUUUCUCUCUCUCUCUCUCUCUCUCUUUUUUUUUUUCCUCACUGAACAUUCAUCACGAUUUUGACUUUUCAACUUGAUGUCAAUUGAAUGUGUCCGCUGAACUUUUUGUUCCCAGGUGACUUUAAUGUGUCGUCGCCGGCUACAAACCAGUCGUCUUUAAAUUCAAGUUUCUGUCUCGUCAUCCCGUCGGUCUCAUCCACAACGCGCAUCUUCUUAACCAGCUUAACAUUAAGUUCAGUCCGUCUGGUAGCAACGCUGAGUCUGUAAAGUCUACUGAAAGCAGCUGAAGCUCUGUCAUUGUUUUGUACAUUUCCAGUUUGUUACAGUCGAUUCCAGCAGCGUCCGAUGAUUGCAUUUGAAUGGUGACUUGUACCUUCUCCAAACCCUGUAGAAAAAUCAUCGUUUGAUAUAUAUUUUUUUGAUUUGGUUAGUUUCUGCCCUUGAUAAUUAAUGUAUGGUACCAAUAAAAGAUACAUUUUCACUUUA